UUCUGCGUGUUUCUCGGGAAAAUCGUCCGCCUGAUUGUUUUCUCUUUCACUGUUGCGCUGGUCAGGAAAUCAAAUGAUAUGAGACGUCUGUUGAUGAAGCGAAACCUAAGUCCACUGUGCAGAUCCGUGCUCAGAUUCAUCGAUAUAUCAGUUUGUAGAGCCAUGGCUUGUUUUCUCGACUGCUUCCGCGCCAGAGCCGAUCGCUCUACUAGUAAUCUCGUCUCUCACUCUUCACUCGCCGAUUCCAGAAAAGCUCAGGACUCGCAGAAUGAUUUGUCAGCUUUGUUUCUUGCUAAAGCUUCUUCGCCUUGCCUUGACAAAGAAAGACUUGAUUUGGAUUCUAUACAUAUUGACAAAGACCUACGGGAUGAGGCCCGAUUUCUCAAAGCUUGUGGUACUAUACUCGAGACACCUAUCGAAAUUAGGAAAGCAUCCCAAAGACUAAGUAGCCCUCAACAUUCUGGAUCUUCUCAUUUUCACUCAUGGAUUUCCAGUAGCUCUGCGAUGGGGUCUCAUUUGGCUGAAUCGCCAACCCCCAUGAAAUCUUGUGAAGAGGUCGGAAGACCAUCAUUUACUUCAGAGCAAACAGCUAGCAGUUGUGUAAUCGAUGUCCGGGACAGUUCAAGGAUCUCUUCUGCUUCAAGUGAUAGUAUUGAAGUGGAGAGCAUUGGCACUGCAAUCAAGGGUGAGUUGGAUAAAACUGGCAGGCCAAAGCUCACAGCUGGAAAGACUAAGUCUGUCCGGUUUGAAUGCGAUCUUGAUCAGUCUCACUCUUCUAAUUCUUCCGAGAAUAGCAGUUCAAGAAAACCCGAGAUGGGUGGCAAAUAUUCUUUUACAGUGAGCUCGCCUAAUCCAACCCCCUUGAAGCUAUCUGAUGAGAUGCAGACUCCUGGAACCAUAUAUCCUGCUAACAUCGAAUCAGCGGGAAGGGGGAGGCCAAGAAUCAGGUCGCAGUUUGUGCAUUCAGUUUCCAAUUUAAUGGAAAAUGCAUCCUUAUAUAAGUCCCUUCAUGAUUCUCAUGAAAGCCUUGAACAAGCUGAAACACCUUCGUCAUCAACUUAUGAGGAAAAGGUGGAAGAAACCUCAGAUGAGAAAUUGUCCAAGUUUGAGGCAAGUUUUUCUCCUUGGCUAAACCAGCUCAAUGACGACAGUGACGAAAACAUUGCGAUUUCAAACGAUAGAACACCAGGACUCGCUGCCAUAACUCCAGGUGACAGGCCUAUCAUUGGACUAGCUGCUGCUCAGUGGAUCGAGAAUGACCAAACUGAGAUAUCACCCAAAUUGUGGGAUGGAAAUGGGAUCCCAAAUUCGACAACCAAAUACAAGGAGGAUCAGAAAGUGAGCUGGCAUGCAACACCAUUUGAGGUGAGAUUGGAGAAGGCACUUACUGAAGAAGGUUGUCAAAUUUUAUUCCCUCCAAGGAAACUUGAAGUGAUGAUGGAGGAGGUUGAAGGGGACACAGACUUAUCGCAGCUGCAGCAUUCAGUGCAACCAAGCUCGGUAGUUUCCUUCUGAAAGUCUUUUUGGCUUUCGUACAGAACAGUACUUUUACAUAUGGUUAUCAUGACUUGUGAGCAAAUGAAAUACUCUUGUUUCGGGCUUUUUAAAGAGCUUUGAAGAUAUCAAAAUAAAGUAUAAACAGAGACGUUUAUGAACCCCUUGGGAAUUUUUUCUUCACCAAGCACUGUAUUGGUCUCUCACUUGAGUAAUAUUACAUAUAUUUUAAUG